AACAAUGAGAGGAAUAAGGAAGGCUGAUAUAUUAGUCCCUCAUCAAUCUCAUCUCUUCCUCCUUCUCUUUUCCAAUUUUCUCCAACUUCCUUUCUCUCUCUCUAUUCCUCUUUCUUCUACUCUAUCGCCGCUUCUGUAUCUGAGCUUUAUCAGCGGAGAUUUCGAUGAAAUCAACGAAACCGAUGUCGGUUACGAAGGACGAGUGGGUAACGGCGGCUUUGACGGACGACGAGAUGGUGGUGGAGCUUCUUCUACGCCUCAAGCAUGCCGGAACGGUAGUGUCCGAUGAUAAUCCCGCGGCGAAUUUACCUCUGUUACAGUGGGGCUUCCGUCAACGACGGUCGCGCCCGUCGAGAUUAGGCGUCGGCGUCGGAGGUUUCUUAAAGAAGGAAACGGAUUCCGCUAGAGCCAGUCCUAUGACUCCUUUAUGCUGGAGCGGUGGAUCUGGUAGCGGCGGUUCUGGUAGCGGCGGCUCUACUUGUCCCUCAGCCGCAACCGCCGAUGGAUUCGAACACACUAGUCGUCAAGCUAGCUGCUCCACAUCCACCGGAUCCGGAUCUAAGGCGGUACAUGCAACAAAUGAAAUCACCAGCUCUAGCUUCAGGAGAUUAAAGAAAAAGAAGACAUUCUUGGAACUUAAAGAUGCAGAGAACUUUCAGUUGAAUGAAAGAUUUCACCUUGAAAAGAAGAUUGCAAAUGUGCAAGCAACAUACCAGGAACGAAGUGCUAAGAACAAAAGCUUGAAGAGAAUAAAGCUUGAAUACUCAGAUCGAAUCAAGAACAUUCCAAUUAGUAACUCUAAUCUCGACGAGCCUCGGAAAAAGAGACGCUUACCUUCUUCCAUCUCUCAAAAACUCGUGAGAAACGAAAAUUCCUACAGAUCAACAAGUGAAACUAAGAGCUCUGAAGAAAAGGGUUUCUUCUUCCUCCCUGAUUUGAACAUGACACCCACUGAUGAAAACGAGACAUUGUACGGGACGAGCUAAAGAAAGCUUCAAACCACUCAAUGCGCGUCAGGUAAUUAAUAUAGAUUAGCUUUUUGUCCGUGUAAGCGGUGGGAGAUCGAAGCAGGCGAGUUCGCUGACAAGAAUUCACACUACGCAAGAAGGGCUCGAGAAGGUUUAUAAGAAAAUAAAAAAGAGAAAGAAAGAAUGUAAUAAGAGGAUUACGCGGGAUUACGCUAAUAUUCUCGUUUUCUUUUAUUCUCUCUCUUUUUGUGAAAAGUUUUCUUGGGUAGAACGAUCUUUUUACUUCUUUUUUUUGAGGAGGAAAUUAGGGUUCCUUUUUUUAUUCCCCUGAUUCGUUGUAGUUGUGCGUAAUUCAAGAAAAAUGUAGGCUACCGAAUAGAUUUUUAACUUACCCCAAAAAAAAUCUCAAGCAGCAGA